UUUCCUUCAGGAACUUGAAAUUAACCAAAUUCCUUUGAAUCCAUAUCAAUAGUAGAAAUGGCAGAAAAUGGUGCAGCUACGAAUAAUCAAGCACAAGCAGGCAGGCAUCAAGAAGUCGGCCACAAGAGUCUUCUGCAAAGCGAUGCUCUCUACCAGUAUAUUCUGGAAACUAGUGUGUAUCCGCGGGAGCCAGAGGCGAUGAAGGAGUUGAGGGAAAUAACUGCCAAACAUCCAUGGAAUAUUAUGACGACAUCUGCGGAUGAAGGACAGUUCUUAAGCUUACUUUUGAAGCUUAUCAAUGCAAAGAACACAAUGGAGAUUGGCGUUUACACAGGCUAUUCACUGUUAGCUACCGCCCUUGCUCUGCCGCCUGAUGGCAAGAUAUUAGCUAUGGACAUAAACAGAGAGAAUUAUGAACUAGGAUUGCCUGUAAUUCAAAAGGCUGGAGUUGCACACAAAAUUGAUUUCAGAGAGGGUCCUGCUUUGCCGGUGCUUGAUGAAAUGAUUGCCGAUGGUAAGUUCCACGGAACGUUCGACUUCAUAUUCGUAGACGCUGACAAGGACAACUACCUGAACUACCACAGACGGCUGAUCGAUUUAGUAAAGAUUGGUGGCGUGAUCGGGUACGACAACACCCUGUGGAACGGCUCCGUUGUAGCCCCGCCAGACGCCCCACUUAGGAAGUACGUCAGGUACUACAGAGACUUCGUCUUGGAGCUCAACAAGGCUCUCGCCGCCGAUCCAAGGAUCGAGAUUUGCCAGCUCCCCGUCGGCGAUGGCAUCACCCUCUGCCGCCGCCUAUCCUAGCUACCUUAAUUUCAAUUUCAAUUAUUCAAUUAUAUAAUGUUUGUGACACGUGCGACGCUAAUGUUUGUGUGUGCUUCUUAUUAUUAUUAUUAUUAUUAUUAUAUAUUGUUGCAUUUUAUUUUA